UAUAGGUUGGUUUGUGAAUGAAUGUGGAAAUUACAAGGAAAUUUUGAAUUUCUGAUUUUAUUAAUAUAAUUUACAGUUACUAGAAAGUAAAUUCUAAUCGUUAUGUUAUUUUUCAUAUGAUGUUAAAAUCCUCAAUUACUAUAUUUGGUAUUAAUGUCAGUCGGCCACCACCUUUUACCGUAAGUAAAUUCUCUAGCACAUUGUUUGUUGAUCAUUGUUCCAGUUCGGAGGCUUUUUCACAAAAUGAAUUCUGAAAAGGGAAGACCAUUUACGGUGUUCGUCGAGGGUAAUAUUGGAAGUGGAAAGACAACGUUUCUAGAACAUUUUCGUCAAUUUGAAGACAUAACUUUACUUACUGAACCCGUUGAAGAGUGGCGUAAUUUGAAAGGAUGGAAUCUCUUGGACUUGAUGUACAAAGACCCUGCAAAAUGGGCAAUGACCUUCCAAUCCUAUGUCUCCCUUACAAUGUUGAACAUGCAUCUAAGGGAAACUCCUACCCCAGUGAAACUAAUGGAGCGGUCUAUCUUUAGUGCGAGGUACUGCUUUGUUGAGAACAUGAUGAGAGGUGGAGUGUUGCACCCAGCUCAGUUCUCUGUUCUUGAUGAGUGGUUCCGGUUUAUUAUCCAACAAGUACCAAUUCAGGCCGAUUUAAUAGUAUAUUUAAAAUCCACACCAUCCAUUGUACACGAGAGGAUAAGGAAACGGGCCAGAUCUGAGGAGCAGUGCGUCCCGCUGACCUACAUAGAACAACUACACCAACUCCAUGAAGACUGGCUUGUAAAUAGGAGCUUUGGCGAAUGUCCUGCACCAGUGCUGGUCAUAGACGCAGACUUGGAUCUGUCACAGAUAACUGAUGAAUACAAAAAGAGUGAACACCAAAUUCUCAGGAAGGCUGUUGACGUAGUGAUGAGGUCACCUAAUAAGCUUAGUCCAAAGAAACCUAUCACCAGUUCCCCUAUUAAAAUAGUUCCUCAAAUGAGGCUUUAAUUUAAAAAAGUUCUAGUGAACAUAGAGUAAGACAUUCCAUUCAGAUUUAGAAUGGUUUGACGUAAUUUAAAAUGAGAACAUGUUCUCAGAUUAACAGGAAUUUAUCGAGAAUAUUCUUUUUCAAUUUUAACUUUUUUACCUUCCACUUGGUUGGCUGGUUUUGAUUAAAUAUCUACCUUUUGUAAAUUUUAUGUUGACAGGAAACAUAAAGUUUGUGUUGAAUGUUUUAUAAUAUUAAUAUGAAACUGAACAGUUAGUUAAACUUAUUAUUAAACAAACUUGUGUACCAAAUUCUGACAUGCAUUUAAUAGACUUCCCUAAUAAUAGGUAAAACUGAAAUUUAAUGAUAAAAUUUUUAUUGUGUGAAAAUUUAUAUAAAAAUUAAGUAUUUAAGACAUAGAUUGUAAUAAAUGAUCACAAAAAAAUAUAAGUAGGUUUUGUAUUACAUCAGUUAAUAUAUAUGUUAUAUGUAUAAUAUAGUAACACAAAAUUAGAUAUAUAUAUCCAUAUUAAAAAUUACCAUACUGUGCCGACCCCACAUAGAAAGUGGGAAAAGGUAACGACGAAGAAGAAGAAGAAGCAACACAAAAUUUGAGGUUUAUUGAAAAUACCACUGUAAGAAAAAUCAUAUUAGAAUAAAUUAAUUUCUUAAGUUCAAAUGUAUAGAUUACAUGCUUCUUGGAAAACCACAUUGUUAAUUUAGCUUUAUGAUUUUAGAACUGCCUAGAUUAUUAUUGACUAAAUUCAUUGCUUGUUUAAUUUGUGUAAUAAAUAUCUGAUUGAAA